CGCAGACUGAGUCGAGCCGAACCGGCCGAGCCGAACUAAGGUCAGCCGUAGCCAGCGGCCCCCAGCAUCUCGGGCAUCCUUCGAUCUGUGCGCGCAUCGCGUACCUACACCGCAGCCCUCGCUGUCGGGUACCCUGUGUGGAUCGCUCCUGCUGCAAAGCCGCCAUGCCUAUCACUCGGAUGCGAAUGAGACCCUGGCUAGAGAUGCAGAUUAAUUCCAAUCAAAUUCCAGGGCUGAUCUGGAUUAAUAAAGAAGAGAUGAUCUUCCAGAUCCCAUGGAAGCAUGCUGCCAAGCACGGCUGGGACAUCAACAAGGAUGCCUGCCUGUUCCGGAGCUGGGCCAUUCACACAGGCCGAUACAAAAUAGGGGAAAAGGAGCCAGAUCCCAAGACGUGGAAGGCAAAUUUCCGUUGUGCCAUGAACUCCCUGCCAGACAUUGAGGAAGUGAAGGACCAGAGCAGGAACAAGGGCAGCUCAGCCGUAAGAGUGUACCGGAUGCUGCCACCCCUCACCAAGAACCAGAGGAAAGAGAGAAAAUCCAAGUCCAGCCGAGACACUAAGAGCAAGGCCAAGAGGAGGCUGUGUGGAGAUGCUAGCCCUGACACCUUCUCCGAUGGACUCAGCAGCUCCACUCUGCCUGAUGACCACAGCAGCUACACCACUCAGGGCUACCUGGGUCAGGACUUGGACCUGGAGCAGGACCUCACCCCAGCACUGUCACCGUGUGUCGUCAGCAGCAGUCUCCCCGACUGGCACAUGCAGAUGGACAUUGUGCCAGACAGUACCAGCGAUCUGUACAACUUGCAGGUGUCGCCCAUGCCCUCCACCUCUGAAGCUGCUACAGAUGAGGAUGAGGAAGGGAAGUUACCCGAGGACAUUGUGAAGCUCUUUGAGCAGUCUGAGUGGCAGCCGACAAACGUGGAUGGCAAGGGAUACUUGCUCAAUGAACCAGGAACCCAGCCCUCUUCUGUCUAUGGAGACUUUAGCUGCAAGGAGGAACCAGAGAUUGACAGCCCUGGAGGGGACAUAGGGAUGGGCAUACAACAUGUCUUCAUGGAUCUGAAGAAUAUGGACUCCGCCUGGAUGAUGGACAGCCUGCUGCCACCCUCUGUGAGGCUAUCCUCCAUUCAAGCCAUUCCUUGUGCACCAUAGUUUGGGUCCCUGACCCAUUCUUGCUCUUCUGGGUGAGCAAGGUCUGGCGUCAUUGUGGCUGUGAUACAGAAAAGCUAGACUGCUGUGGGUCCCUUGACAUGGCAAAGCAUAGCCCCACUGCCAAACAGGAAGAGACCACCCUCCUUGGGUCCGUGGACUCUCAGGGCUUGGAAGCCAAGGUCUGAGUUUUUCUUGUGAGGUGAAGCUGGCCCUGACUCCUGGGAAGAUGGAGUUGGGGUUCUGAGGUUGCUGUGAGGUGGGGGACAUGGAUAGGAGUCAUCCUCUAACUCUUUAAAACCUUGUUGCCUGGAGAGGGUCUUGUCACUGGGCUAGCUCUGCACUGGGAGACAAUUGCACUAAGUGAGUCAUAUUCCCAAAGAAUUGCUGCCCUUCCCAGCCGAGCCCUGGGAUGGUUCCAAAGCCAGUGAAAUGUGAAGGAAAAAAUGGAGUCCUGUGAGGCCAGGCUAGGCUCCCUUAGCCUCAGAGGAGCUCUGCCUCGCUACCUGCUCUCCAGCUGUGGGGCUCAGGAAAAAAAACAUGGCACUUUCUCUGUGGACCUUGCCACAUAUCUGAUCAGAGGUGUACACUAACAUUUCUCCCCAAGUCUUGGCCUUCGCAUUUAUUUAUACAGUGCCUUGCCUGGUGCCCACUGUCUCCUCAGGCCUUGGCAGUCCUCAGCAGGCCCAGGGAGGGGAUUGUGAGCGCCUUGGCGUGACUUUGACUAUUGGAAACGCCACCUAACUACUAAAUUGUGUUUGAUCACAUAUGGAUCUGUGUAAAUAUGUAUAUUUGUCUUUUUAUAAAAAGUUAAUUGUU